AUUUCAUUGGAUGAGAUGGAAGCCAGUUAUCGACGUCGGUCUGUGAUUGGAGCAGAGCUUCUCGGGGAGGAGCACGUUAGUCUGCAGCUAGCGGAGUCACACUCGGGUGGGCGGAUCGUAGCAGUGACAGCGACGCUCGCAGACUCCCGACAAACUGUCAAAAAGCAGACAACUAACGCCAUGGCGGAGUUAGACCUGAGUCUGAGCGACGCUCUGACGGACAGCGUUCCCCAACCAGGCCCGGAUAGUUUGGUGGAGAGGGACUUUGUGGCUCAGCUGGAGGCGGAGACCUUUGAGGACAAGGUCGGGGAGACGGUGGGGAAGACAGACUACGUGCCCCUGCUGGACAAUGACGACACUAGGGCAGACACGAGUGCUACGUUGGAGAAUGGAGAGCAGGAAGCUCAUGGGGUGCAAAAACCUGGUUGUAAGCUGACGGCGGGGGAACCGACAUCAGUGUUGCGCCCAGAGCCACAGGGAGAGGUGCGGCCACGCUCACUUGACCAGCAGCAGGCCUUGGCUACAGACUUCUUAUCAGCCUCUAUGGCAGGUUACUCAGACCCUCUGGGCUCUCAGACCAGCCCUGCCCCAAUGAUGGAUACUGGACGGAUGGAAGCUUUUGCAGGUUUCUCCCAGCCUGGUGGAAUGGGCAUCAAUGUGGAGAUGGGGGCCGCGCCCCUCUCAGCAGAGAGGAUCCCAAGUAUAGCGGAGCCCCAGCAUCCCACACCCCCAGCUGGUUCAGAAGCCCCUAAAGACCACAGCCCCAUGCUGCCUGAACCCCAGACUCCUCGCAGCCCUCAGGAUCUGUCAGCAGGUGCCGUAGGCGACUUCUGGCCAGACGAGGCUGGCUGCCUACCGACAGACCUCCCUUUCAGCCCCAGUGUCUCAACGGUGAUCAGUCGCCAUGCCGGCCAUCUCGCAGUGAGCCCCGACGAGCCCCUUGACAGUUGGCCUAGCCGAGAGAGCACUGCCUAUGCUGGAGGCGACGAAAGGGAGGGAGAAGGUUCAGACCGAAAACAGAAGAAGAAGAAGAAAAGGCGACAGAAAGAUGAGGGAUCUUAUGAACAUAUCGAGGGUAGGGGUCCUCCCGAGGUGCAAACACAGGGAGAAACAGAAGAGUUCUACCAGAGGAUUGGUCCAAGGCGGGAUAGAGGAGAUGGGGGCUGGGAGGAGCAGCUGGGCAAAAGUGGAGGUGGAGGCCGGGGGAAGAAGGGUAAGAGCAGGAAGAAGCUUCCAGAGGAGUGGGGAGUGACGGCAGAACCGUUUGUCCCUGCGGCCACAGCGACCUCUCAAAUCACAGAGGAGGUGUCGAUGGAUCUAGGGAGUCCUGCACACCUGGAAGCCUCGUUCGGAGACAUGGAUACCAGCCACAGCCCCUGGAAAAAGGACGACUUCCCUGACGAAGGCAUGGUCCCUUCCCCACUGUCUGAGGACCUUUUCUCCCCAAUAGUUGCUUCCACUAACCCACUGGUCCUUAACAGCGACCUGAAAGCCACAGCAGCUCCCUUCACUAUGCCCGCCACCAACAACAACGCACCACUUGGCUCCUUCCCCACGGCUCCUCGCCCUGAUGAUCCAUUUGACCUCUUGAUGGAUACUGAAAAUGCAAGUUUAGGUAACAGCAGCCAGGCCUUUUCACCUGCUGGUGACAUGGUUGACAGCGGGAUGUUUGAUAACACCAGUAUCCUCCAAGAGUCUUGUGUGGAAGGCAUACCUGAGGGAGACACCUCUGCUUUCAGCCCCGCCAUCCAGCCAAGCCCAGGCAUUUCUCCAAAAGUCGAGGUGUUAGCUUCGGCCCCACCUCUCUCACCUUCAGAUGCUUCAUGGCUCCUGAACGACUCCAACGUGAGCAGCAACAGCGACCUAUUUGACUUCAGCGACAUCAGUGCUCCAGGUCAUCCUGUAACCUUAGGGCUGUCCUUUGACACUCCUAGCCCCGCCCCUCUCCGCUCCCCCAAAACCACAGCACAGGAAUUCCAACCCAAAGAGCACAAAGACGCCAAAUCGGCACAGAAGCAAUCCAAGAAGUCUCGUUCUUCAUCUUCCUCCUCCUCUGUAAAGAGUCCCACCUCCCCAGGAGCAAAGAAUUUCCCUCCACAGGCAUCCCCAGUCAUGAGCCCCUCUUCCCCUCCAUCAGCCAGCCCAGGAUCUGGUCUUAACCCAACAGCUAAGCCCUUCUUUCCCAGCUUUGCUGAUCCCAUGGAAGAACCUGCUGUGGUCCCUCCAGUUGCCCCCGUCAUCGAAGUAAAAUCUGACAAGAUGGAGAAGGCGGAGAAGAAGGAGGAGAAGAUGGAGGACAAUGUCAAGAUGAUGGACCUGUUUGAUCCUCUGGAUAAACCUGAGCAGAAGAGCGUGAAGGUUGAAUUUGCACCGAGUGAGACUCCAACCAAGGUGGAGAAAGAGAUGGAGAAGGAUAAACAGACAGAGACACAAAAAGAGAAGGAGAAGGAAAUAGAGAAGGAGAAGGAAAAAGAGACGGAGAAGGAGAAAGAGAAGGAGAAAGAGAUGAAAGAUGCAGAAAAGGUAAAAGAGGAAAAAGAGGCAGAUAAAGUGAAGGUGACAGAGAAACAGACAGAAAAGUUGGAAGAAAAAAGGGAGACAGAAAAGGAGAAAGAGAAAGUGGAGCAGCAGAAGGCAGAAAAAGAGGAUAAAAUGAACAAGGGAGAGGAAUCGGCAGAUGCAUUGGUGAAGAUAGAGAAAGUGGAGAAGACAGAGACAGCAGGAAAGGUGGAGGUGACAGAACAAGUGGAGAAAACGCAGAAUGUGGACAAAAAUGAAACGUCCAAAGUGAUAAUAACAGAGAACAAAAACUCUGAGAAGCCCGAGAAAACAGAGAUGAAGGACGUCAAAGAGCAGCAAGUGGACAAAGUGGAGAAGACCCCAGAGCAACAGCCUUCACCCGUCAAGCUGGACACCAGCUUUGACAAGCCGGAGAAGAAGGCUGACACCGAGACAAAGACGACCCCAGAGGUGGAGGACGCCAAGAAAGAAAAGGCCGACGCAGACAAAGCCAAGAAGGUGGAGAAAGAGGAGGAGGUGGAGAAAACGGCUGAGAAGCCAGCGGAAAAACCAGCGCAGAAGAGCGAUAAGGAGGAGAAGCAGGACAACAAAAAGACGGUGGAGAAAAAGGAGGACAAGAAGGAGAAGGCUGCAAAAGCAGAUGGAGCAGAGAAGGCCAAAAAACCUGCAAAACCUGCAACUAACGGCACCAGAGACGUGGCAAGCGCAGACAAGAAGACCAAGCCUGUUGCCGGGGCGACCAAACCGAGCGCUGCCGCUAAAACGCGGCCGAGCUCCGCAGCUGCUGCCGGUUCGGUCACAGCUCCUACUAAGCGCCCCACAUCCUCCACCACCACCACCUCCAUCUCAGACAAAAAAACCACCACAGCCAAGGCUCCAUCCACAGCUGCUGCUGGGCCAAAGCGGCCCUCCACCACCUCCACCAGCCGCCCUGCAUCCACCACCACCACCACUGCACGUGAUGUCAGACCCAAGACGACCACAGAGAAGCGCCCCCUUGUGCCAAAGGCCAGCACCGCCACCUCAACAGGCUCCACUGCUGCCACCAAAAAUGGAACUGCCACCACAGCAGCCAGUAAAACUGCUGCAUCAGUGCGCACAACGGCGUCUACUCGCACCACCACCGCCACCACCGCAGCCAGAAAGCCUCUGGCCUCCAAGACAGACAGCAAACCAGGAGAGGAGAAGAAGCCCGGCACUCUGAGGACUUCUACAGCUGACAAGCCCAAGACCGCCACCGCCACCGCCCGCAGCACUGCUUCCACCACCGCUGCCUCUCGCACUCGAACCACUGCAGCCAAACCGGCCACGCCCUCCUCCACUACUGGUACAGUACCAGAGAAGAAGCCCACGGUGCCCCGCACCACCCGGGCCCCUCUUUCAACCAACACCACCACCACUACCACCUCCAGGACCACAGCUCGCCCCAGCACAGCACCGGCCCCCGACAUCCGUAACGUCCGCUCUAAGAUCGGCUCUACAGACAACAUGAAGCACCAGCCUGGAGGAGGCAAGGUGUCAUCUGCCUCUCUGAGCAGGGGCGCGGCCUCCAAAGAAACAAGCAUGGGCAAAGUUCAGAUAGUCUCCAAAAAGCUGGACUUCAGCCACGUCGGUUCACGCUUGGGCUCCAAGGACAAUAUGAAGCAUGUUCCUGGUGGAGGGAAUGUGCAGAUACUCAACAAGAAGGUGGAUUUGAGUAAGGUGACAUCAAAGUGCGGCUCCAAGGACAACAUCAAGCACAAGCCUGGCGGGGGCGUUGUGAAGAUCGAGUCCCACAAAGUGAGCUUUAGGGAAAAGGCUCAGUCCAAAGUGGCUUCCAUGGACAACGUGAGCCAUUCACCUGGAGGAGGAGAUGUCAAGGCUGAGGGGGCCCAGGAGACAACAGAGGGCAAUGACACUCCCAUGAGUGACAGCGUGGCCCCAGCCCCAGGCUCUGAGCCGGGGCAGCCAGGGAGCCCUGCUGCCCAGGAGAAUGGGCUGAAGGAGGGGGCUCCCUGUGAUAGUGAGGGCCUCCGGGAGCCCCAGGCUCUGGACUCCCGUAUCCCAGAGACAAGCAUCUAAUUCUUCUAUCCCUCUGCCCUCCUCAUCUCAACCCCCCAACAUCACCACCUCCUCCCCCCCCCUCCCCUCUCCUCCCUGUAUUUUUUUUGCCCUUUUUACUCCAACCUUUCUGAUGCAGAUUGAGUGUUUCAAGCUCAACUUCCGCGAGAAUGCUCGCUCUCGCACGGACCACGGCGCCGACAUCAUCACCCGGCCAGCCCCCCAGGACGACAACAGACCCCACCCACACAGCUCCUCCAAUUCUCUACACCACCCGACUCCUCGCAGUGUCUCCCUCAUUGAAUCGUUGGCGUCUGCAGGCUGUGUCAGCUCCCCCUCUGCCCCCUCCUUGCUGCACCUUCAGGUGGAGGUCCAGGGGGACAACAACAGCUUCUUCAAGCCCUGAAAAAACCCUUUCUCUUAAAUCUGUCACCGCAAAUUUUUUAAUCACCCAAUAGUCCCGUCGCUCUAGUAUCAACUUCAUGUUAUCAUGUCUCCUCUGUCACAUCUGAGCUCAUAAUCAUGCGCUAUAGCUACCCCUCUAUAUCUGGCUGAAGUGACUGUAAAGACUUGGGCCUUGGUGGGAAUCUUAUGUGGAGGGGAAUGAGGAGAAGGUUUUCUCACAUAUUUGGUUGCGUCUUCUCCGAGCUGGCUGACCUGGAAUCAGAAGAUUUCACUUGGAUGUCUUUCCCCACAGCCUGGCAGUGUACUCUGACCCUCCAUCACCCACCUCCACACACCAAAUAAGCAGCAAUCAUGUCAUUUGUCAACUGAACAGCGUGGAAACCCAGUCAGACUCACCUAUUGCUUCUAUCACACACUUAGCUUCUCUUUCCCUUGUGACUUUAGGGGCUGUUUGUUUCCAAUAACCACUUUCUCUCUUCUUCAAUAACAUCAUAGUAAUCCAUUGUCAAUCUCAUCUGCUUCAUCACUUCCUCUCUUUUCUCUAUCACUUACCAUAAACAAGCUGACAAACAAAAAAGCUAGACAACAAGUAGGCUGUUUGAACCAUUUUAAGCUGUUUAACUCUUUAUUCUCUGUGUUUGUGAUGAUGUGUUUGAGUGACAAAAUUGUGUAAAAAUGAGCUUUGGUGUUCUGUUCGGAUCUUUUUUUUCUGUCUUUCUUGAGUUCUCUUCUUUCUUUCUUCCUAGUUUCCUGAUUUUAAAACAAGGUUUUAUUUAUUUAAUGUACGUUUCUUCCUAUGUAAGCAAUACAGUGGGCAGUCUUUUUUCCAAUAGCAAACACGCACAGGUUUUUGCAAACCAAGACACACAGUGCAGAUGUUCAGAGGGAGCAAGAAAGUGAUAAAAGGAGUUGUUGCCAGAAGGGUGGAAAAGAAGCAUUUGAUUUGUGCUUUGUAUUUAUGGCAAGACACAUGAUGAAACCAGAAAGUUUUUUAAAUACAAUUGAGGAAGUUUGCUAAAGUAGAGAAGCUUUAACUGAGCAUGCAGUCCAGAGGGAGAUGAGGAAGAUGUCUCUGAAGUCAAAGGAGCUGUGUGUCUCUAUGUGCCUCCUGUCCUUCUUACCUGAAAACUAAAGUAAACGAGGAUGAUGCAGGCUCACGCCUAAAAAAAUUGCUCAGACAAAGAGAAUGGACGGACGAACGUUAAACUUAAGGGGCAACCUGGUAUUGCUGUUUUAAGGAAAUUCUAUAAAUUUAGCGGUCCUAGUAGUUGUGUAUAGUGAUAGCCAAAUGAAGCUUCAUGAACCAUUAGUUGUAUUUGUUGACCUCGCUAGAUGGCGCACUUGGUUUAAAGAAAUGGCUAAAGGAAUGGCAAUUUAAUGAACUUUUAACCCCUUUGUUGAACAGACCGCGCCAUCUAGUGGACUCAGAAAAUAAAAUAUUAUGUUCAUGAAGCUUCAUGUGAACAUCACUAGUUGUUAGUGAUGUGCCAAUGAAGCCUCAUGAACCAUUUUCUGUCUUUUCUAAGCCCACUAGAUGGCGCACUUGGUUUAAAGAAAAAGGCUCAAGCAAUGGUAAUUGAAUGUGCUUUCAGGUCUUUGGUGAACAGAGUGCGCCAUCUAGUGGGCUCAGAAAAUAAAGAAAAUGGUUCAUGAAGCUCCAUUCGCCCAUCACUACUAGUUGUGUAGUCAUGGUUGUUCAAUUUCAGGUGUUUCUAUGAGGGUUAUGGUAGCAUGUUGAUUGGCAGUAGCUGAAUACAAAAACAUCUCUAAUAUGUGUUUGGCACUUGUCUUGUUGGAGUGUCGGCAGUGGAACAUGAUGUGGCUUUAUACUCUUCUCUUGUAGCAAUGUAUUCAACCGUUGCCUCCGAUUGCCUUUAUAAUGCAUGGCCAGAUUAUAUAAUAUCAUGCCCAGAGCUGAAAGCCUUUGUGCAUUAUGACUCCAAGUGUUGUGGUUUGGUACCAUAUGUAUAUCUCUGGGGCAAGUUGAUGUGUUGUUACUCAAAAUUAGGACUUUUAACACAGAUGGACAGGAAGAGCUGCAUUCUGAUGGUUCUAAUGGUCACCUCUUACUUUUAUUAAUUCUACCGCUUCAAACUAGGUGCAGAUUUGUAUAACUCAAUGGCUCAAACAUAGAAAGAUGGAUGACAAAAAAAAAAUCACAUUUUGUUUCAAUAAUAUCACAAGCAAAAGUAAAAUGGAUUCUUUUCAGCCAGCACUUCCUAGCUCAGUUUUAAAUAUAAUGGUAAAACAUGAGCUGGAACCAUCUGGAAGUUUUCUGUUUAAUUUUUGCCUCUGAAACCAAAACAUACUUUUGUGGACAUCUUAUACCUGCAUUGUUCAUAUGGCCUCUAUACACAUCCAACAGAUACAGAGCAACAUCAGCAUUUAUUUGGAGCCGUGUUUCUGUCUUUCCCGUAACCCUAGUUACGUUUUUCUUACAUAAAACACUUUUUUUAAAGUAUAACGUCUAACUUCAGUGAUCAGCGCUAGUUAUAUAAUUUAAAACGUAAAAAAAAAAUACAACUUCCAGAUUUGGCUUGCUUUUCAUACAACUUCUUCAUUAGAUAUAUUUUGAGUUAUGAAAAGCAAAUGAGAUAAAAGCUAAUGCCUUGGCAGAUUUUUUUAAAUGUACUUUUAAAACCAAAGCUCGAUUGACUGCCCCCUAGAGAAAAACAUAAAACUACGAAAACAAAUUGUCACUUUAGCAAUGAAGAAGCUUUGACAGAGCAAAGUUGCACCUUAAUGCUUUAAAAUAUCACAGAGGGCUUGUUUAGGUUGAGUGUUGGUAUAGAUGCAGCCACCCAGAAAUUCCAGUGAAAUAUAAAUAAAUAAGUAACUAGUAGGCCUAACUAAAGAUUAUUUUAAAAGUAUAAUAUUUGCCUCCGGUGUGUGGUGAAAUAGCAGUAUAUGGCAGAAUCAAAUUUCCAUUUGAUUCUGCCAUAUACUGCUAUUUCACCACACACCAAGAGGCAAAUUCUAAAAAAAAAGGAAAUAAAAUAAGUAAGUAAAAAUCUGAAAAUCUGUUUUUCAGUGUUAAAUCACACUGUUGGUAUAUGUGUUUGUGAAGGAAGCGCCAUCUCAUGGUGAAUAGGCGUGUUUACAGUGGAAUCUAGACUAGUGAUGUGCCAAUGAAGCCUCAUGAACCAUUUUCUGUAUUUUCUAAGCCCACUAGAUGGCGCACUUGGUUUAAAAAAAAAAGGCUAAAGCAAUGGUAAUUGAAUGUGCUUUCAGGUCUUUGGUGAACAGAGUGCGCCAUCUAGUGGGCUCAGAAAAUAAAGAAAAUGGUUCAUGAAGCUUCAUUCGCCCAUCACUACUGAAUGGUCUUUUGCUUGGAGGGUAAAUUCCAGGUGGCUUCAUCUGUAUUUAAUUAAUAGUUAAAAUACCCCUCUAUGAGCAAGUGAUCCUAAAUAUCCUAAUUUGAAUGAGAUUUUGUGUGAUGACAUGAAUUGAGCAAUAAGCUGAAUUAGAGUGCACUUAUUUUUCCACUACUCUUCAAUCAUAAAACACAGUUCAGUUAAGAUUCAUUGUUUCUGUUGUAUUUUGGAAUCCCUUUAAAUUCUAAAUGAAAUUUGACAAAAUGGGCAAUAACGUCUAAUAAUGUCUUCUGAAAGUGGGAAUGUUUCACAUGCAGAUGUUCGAUCAAAUUGUUGGAUUGCUUUGUUUGGUCGCAUAGCUAAAUUUCUCCUUGUGCCUGUCCACAACCAUGUUUUAGCUUUGCUCUCACCCCCGAGUUUUUACUUACCACUACUUAUGAGAUUGCACACGGAUGUAUAUAGAUAUUUUAUUGUUGAUGCACUCUGUAUGGCCCUAAAAACGAACAAAAGACAGUAGAGCAACAGAAUCGGAGGGUUUUGGUGGGUGGGGGUUUCAAGGUUUGUUCAGAACAGCUUUUAUGUCCAUGUACCUUAAAUGGUUCUAAGGGGAGGAAGUGUUUUAUCAUGACUAUUAUGACUAUUAUUCUGAUUCUUAUUAGUAUGACAAAUUGAAAAAGUCUGCCUUUUUCAUUAGAAAGGGGCCACUGAAGUGAAAGAAUGUCUUUUGAGAUAUAUUGUACUAAAGACGCAACACUUUUGUAUAUGUAUUUAUCGUUGUGUUACUGUAGCCUCGUGGUGGUCGUGCUCUCAUGGUUGAAGGGAUUAUACUUUCGAUUUGUGACGCAGUUUCGCAAACUGUUCUGGAGUUUCUCCAAGGGUGUGCACAACAAGAUUUGAACCCCAGUACAACACUUAGAAAGUCUUUUAAAGCGCUGUCACGGCAGCUUGAUUUAGAAAUUAGUGAUGUGCCAAUGAAGCCUCAUGAACCUUUUUCUAGAUUUUCUAAGCCCACUAGAUGGCGCAUUUGGUUUAAAGAAAAAGGCUCAAGCAAUGGUAAUUGAAUGUGCUUUCAGGUCUUUGGUGAACAGAGUGCGCCAUCUAGUGGGCUCAGAAAAAAAGAAAAUUCAUGAAGCUUCAUUCGCCCAUCACUAUUAGAAAUGUUUGACCAGCAGUAUAGAGCUUAAUUAAUUUCAAACAACAUUUGUAGGGCAUAAUAAUGUCCACACACUAUUAAAUCAUGUCCACAAGCCCAGUCUUAAGAGAUAAUGUUUGGACUACCAAGGCAACUUUUUAUUAAGAACACAGUGACCUCUGCAGGUUCAUAUGAUAAAGAACCAAGCUAAUGAAGCUAAUGCACCGGAAACACAUGACACUGUUUAUCACAGUGGGCAAAGGGAAUUUCUUGUUCAAGCAGGUGCUUAGAGUAGAGGUCAGUGAGUAUGUGUGUCAUUUGGGAGUACUGCAUAUCAAACAUAUUGGCUGCUACAGUAUAUAUAUAGCACUCAAAAAGCAGAAACCUGCCCUGGAGAGUCACACACACCGAGACCCUAACACAUCCUUGUCUAAGGUUAACUAACUGUAGUUGUCAGGUUUGGCUUGUGUAACAAAUGCUCCUCAGUAAUCUAUCCAAGGAGCAUUGUAGAGCUUCAUCUACCGUCACUGCACUCAUGCAAGAGUAACACUAGCUAAUAAACACCUACUGUACCUGCGGAGCAUGCUGAAAACAACAAUGGGAUGUGUUAGGUAGACUUACUAUGUCAUUUGCAGAACCUCCUCAUUGUUUUUUGUGUUUUUUUCUUCAUUCAUUUGAAUUUUAUUUUUUGGUUUGGAAAAAAAGUGUUUAUGUGAUUACUUGUUAAUUAGUGAUGUGAUUAUUGAACAUGAAAUAAAAUGGACUAAAACUGUCA